AUGUCCCAAGAUGCAUCCAGCUCCGUCAGGAGCUUCUCAAGCGUCCCCAUCCUCGACUGGUCCCUCCUGUCCACCCCUUCCGGCGCCGCCACAUUCAAGGCGCAGCUCCGGCACGCCCUCAUCAACGUCGGCUUCCUCUACCUCUCGAAUCCCCCGGUCGCGCGUGCGGACAUGGACGCGCUGAUCGCGUACACCCCGCGCGUGUUCGAUCUCCCGCAGGACGAGAAGGACGCGAUUCGCAUGGCGAACUCCCCGCACUUCUUCGGGUACUCGCGCCUCGGGGCGGAGCUGACGAAGGGCAAGACGGACAUGCGCGAGCAGUUCGACUUUGGGACCCCGUAUGAGUCCCGCUGGAAGCCUGGCGACCCGGAGUACCUCAAGCUCUGGGGGCCGUCUCAGUGGCCGAAGGAGGAGCUCCUCCCGGGCUUCAAAGACGUGUACCUGCGGUACCUCGCGCAGGUCGAGCAACUCAGCUACGACUUCAUCGCGCUCGUCGCGGAGGUCCUCGAAGUGUCCAACCAGGCGCUCCUGCCGUUCUUCCCCGCGGGCACGUCGCAGCCGCGCCCGGGCGUGCUCCAGCACCGCUCGAAGAUCGUCAAGUACCCCGCGCGCAAGGAGGGCGAGUCGGACCAGGGCGUGGGCCCGCACUACGACGGCGGCUUCUUGACCUUCCUAGUACAGGCCUCGGAUCAUCCUGGGCUGCAGGUGCAGAACCUGGCGGGGGAGUGGAUCGACGCGCCUCCGAUCCCGGGCACGUUUGUCGUGAACAUCGGUAAAGCGCUCGAAACAGUCACUCAGGGCCUCGCGCGCGCAACCUCCCAUCGCGUCCUGUCGCCGCCCCCAGGCUCGACGCCGCGAUACUCAAUCCCGUUCUUCCAGAACGUCACGCAAGACAUCUGCAUAGGCGACUUCGUGCUGGACUUCAAACCGGAAAUCCUGAAACUCAAGGAAACGCGCGGAACAGUCGGCGUCGUUGACUCGGUGAACUACGCAGAGUAUGGCCAGUAUCCGACUGGCUACGUGAACCUCAUCGGGCGUGUAAAGAGCCAUCCCGAUGUUGCGGAGCGCCACUAUCCAGACAUGUUCAAGCAGUUCUUCCCUGAUGGCCUACCCGCUCAAGGCAGUGCGUACUGAGUACCAUACGUGGCGGUGGUCUACAACAAGUACACAUAAACGGGGGACGUGUAUGAGUAUGCUCAAGGAGAAGGCAUGUACACUUAGGGACUAUUCUCUGUAUACAAGUAACGAUGACUUGCGGUA